CGGAAAACUCAGUGUGUUUCGAUUAGAUCAGUUUUAUUUCAAAGGUUUAUGAUGUUCGUGUUUUCGCAUUGAUACUGUUUGAAACAACUGUGGUCUUUACAUCUGGCUGGGAGCUCUUAGUCCUUGCUUGAAACUGGUAUCAUCAAGGAACGAAAGCUAAACAUGGUCAAGUAAAAAAAGUGCUGGCUUCAAAAGGUUCUGAAAUAUCUUUAACUGACUGAGGAAAUCGAGACACUCCAUGGAAGACUUUGUGGGGAACCGGAGCUAUAGAAGUGGUGGUGGCAGGGGAGCUAGAGGUGGCAGAGGACGUCCUUGGAGAGGCGGUAGAGGGGGUGCAAGGGGAGGGGGCAGAGGAGGGCGUGGUGCUUAUGGUGAUACGGAAACACGCCGUCCGAUAAGGCUUGGAUUCAAAGCACUAAAAGACUUACAGAGCAAGACUCCAGAUGAAAUUGUCCUCGAUUUGACAUCAAGUCGAUGCUUCCCGGCCUCUGAAUUUUUAUUGAAAGAGCAGUCUCCAAUGACAGAUGACGUUAUUGUCUUGAUUGUAAGCAUUCUUAGCAAAGCAUGCGAUUGCAGCUCGAAGGAGUACCUUAUUAAGCUGCUUAACCUACUGCCAGGGUCUUUAUUUCUCAACUUACAUUUAAGACAACAUCUCAACAGCUUGUCCGCAAGCAGAAGGUCACCUUCUGACGUAACAGAGUUUUUAAAAAAUGUGAUAAAAGUAAUGAAUGAACUGUUACGAAGAUUCCCAAAUGCAUACGCCGAUUUACCAAUACCCGAUCUGUACUGUGGAGCUAUGGUAUUGUCCGAAACAGGAAAUUUGGAAGACGCAAACCUGAUGAAUGAAGUAGGUGAACUGAUGAAAUUGAAAACAGAGAAGGCUUCCGAACUGAAAAGAAAGGAUGAAGAGAGGCGACAAGGCAGAGGAAGAGUACGGAGAAAUGCCGGUGAGAACGAUGACUUAAACCCGCCCGAUGAUUUCCGACAUCUCAGUGUUAUUCCGACUCAGGAAGACAUUUUGACUGGAGAGAGACCCUUCCUCAGAAGGAACAAAGUCGACGGGAGCUAUCACGAUGCGGAACAUUAUUUGGAUGUGCAAUUUCGGCUCCUUCGUGAAGACUUCGUGAGACCCCUUCGUGAAGGGAUUGCCAAGUUAUUAGAACGUAUUGGCUCCGCUAAGAUUGGUGCUCUACAGGACAUACGGGUGUAUAAAGACGUCCAGUUGCUGUACCCCGUAUGUACCUCGAACGGACUCCAGUACAAAGUAAAGUUUGACAACACAAAUCUAAGGAAAAUACGUUGGGAAAACAGCAAGCGGCUUAUCUUUGGCUCACUGAUGUGUCUAUCUAAGGACAAGUUUGACAGUUUUGUGUUUGCAACCGUGGCCAAUCGAGAUCUCAAAGAUUUAAAACAGGGUAUAGUAGAUAUUCAAUUCAUCAAACUAUCUGAUAAUGUGAGACUUGGAGAGGGUGAAGUGUAUCAGAUGGUAGAGAGUACUGUGUACUUUGAAGCAUAUCGUCAUAUCCUUGAGGGGUUAAAAGAAGUUCAGCCACAUCAGCUGCCCUUACAGAGAUACAUCGUUAAUUGUCAAAAACAUGUUGAGGCACCGGCUUACCUGAGAAACAGGUUAAGAGAUCGAGUGACAUUUGAUCUGACGCCGAUUAUGAAGAAAGGAAGCAACAGUGGCAGCACUGGAAGCAGGAUUUCUUUAAGCGAAAUGAGGGCACGACUAGCGGGCUUGAGUGUGAGGGAUGACAUGCGUAGAGGAACUGAUGUGCCACUUCUGCACCUUGCUCACUGGCCAUCAGCCGAUGAUCUGGAACUAGAUGACUCUCAGUACAGGGCUUUGCAGAUGGCGCUGACCAAAGAAUUUGCGGUUAUUCAAGGACCACCGGGCACUGGAAAGACGUAUAUCGGUCUGAAGAUCGCUAAUGUUUUGUUGCACAACAAGUUGAAGUGGGACACUGGUACUGAAUUUCUUGAUGACGAACGUGACGUUGCCCCUCUGGUGUCGGAGCGUCGCCCAUUUCUUGUUGUCUGUUACACAAACCACGCACUGGACCAGUUUCUGGAAGGGAUCCACAAGUUUCAUUCUGAGGGGAUUGUGCGGAUUGGAGGUCGAAGUCAGAGUGAGAUUAUGAAGGCGUGUAGUCUGUCAGAGUUGAAACAUCGCAUGCAUAAGGAUAAAAAAGCUCCUUUGCACAUCAGAAGGGCUUACUACGAUGCUCAUCAAGAAAUGGAUCACACCACGACAAAGCUGCAAGGGGCUGCUGAGGAUCUGAAGAAAUGCUAUGAAAACGUGCUGCACGAAGACGCCCUGCAUCAACGCGUCCCCAGCAUGACCGGUGCACAUUACGAUUCUUUAAGACAAGUUUUUGCGGGUAGAGGCGGACACAAGGAAAGCGCCAUGUUGUAUUGGCUGCAGCUAUCUCUUAACGCGGAUCCUGGACAAGGAGCUUUACAGCCCGUUGCUUUUCUCCCGCUCAACAAGCAAAGCGCUGGACUGGAACUAGUUUCUCGGGCUAAUUUAGCCAUCCUUAAUAACGUCACAUGGUCCUCGGGUGAGAAUGGUUCCUUGCAACUGUCAGGAGCACCUAACUCAUUUGUGAUGAUUCCAAACCAUCCCGGAAGUGACCUAGACACCAGAACGUCAAUCACGCUUCUGUUGCACGUGUUCCCAACCGGAAACAGAGGAUCAAUCCUGAGUUUUCACGAGGAUGGCUUGGGACUCCAAAUUAGUCAAGAAGGCGUAAUCGAUGGGAAAGGAAUCCUCUCAGCACGGUUUGUGCGGAGAGACAUAACUCAUCCGCCCGCUCUUGCGAAAGCUGUGUUUAAUAUGAAUUCAUGGAACUUCAUUGGAGCAUCUUAUGAUCAUGAAACCGGCAUCGCACGCUUAUGGCAUGAUGGGAACGAAGUGGAAGCUAAGUAUCUUGGCAGGAAACAGGAACUUGCAACUCAGUUUUGUAUCAGGAUUGGAGCCUUAGAAAACGCUGGAAAUGCACGAUGCUUUCGAGGAAGAGUCGCGAAUCUUCGCAUAUUUGCAGAACCCCUCGGAAAGGAAAGUAUUAUGACUAUUGGUGGAAUUGUCGCGCAAGAUGGAGCAAGAGCAGGAGCAGGAGCAGAAGCAGAAGCAGAGGAAGUAGAGGAGGAAGAAGAGGAAAAUGAAAACCCAGAUGUGUUGUAUGAAGCGGAUGUUAUGCAGGGCCAGAGGGUCCUAGACAUUGAUGACAUCAGAGUGUACGGUUCCAAAGUAAUGCCGGGAAGUGGAAAUUUGAAAGUCGCGGACCCGUUUGCUUUCACCAAAGGAGCUGAAGGAGGGUGGCAAAUUCAGAAUCCUGAAAAACUUAAAAAGAAAUUGAAAAGGACUAUGGUUCUCGAACUGAGCAGGAAAGAUGUCAUGCAAGCUGCGACAGCGAAAGCGGUUCAAAAUGUCUGGAGUUUGCGCCUGAAAGAUCGUUGGCGCCUGUAUCGCCGAUGGCUGACGGAUCUGGCGGAGGGUUACCGUCGCACUAUCUCAAUGUUCCAAGAGAAAUUUGAAGAAGGAGCCAAGCGACUGAAGGAUGUAAGAAACAUGGAAGAUUUUGAGAUACUCAAGAACGCUGAUGUCGUGGGCAUGACAACUACAGGCGCUGCAAAGUAUCGUAAACUUUUGCAAAGACUGCGUCCACGUAUAACUAUUGUAGAAGAAGCCGCUGAAGUAUUGGAGUCACACAUUGUCACAUCGCUAACUCCCGGAUGCCAACACUUGAUUCUGAUUGGUGAUCAUCAGCAGCUCCGCCCCAACCCUACGGUUUACGAACUCGCCAAGGAUUACAAUUUGGACGUGUCACUCUUCGAGAGAAUGGUGAAGAAUGGAAUGCCCUAUGAACGAUUACGAUUACAGCAUCGAAUGAGACCUGAAAUUUCUAAAAUGCUGGAGCAUAUCUACUUCAGUCCAAAAUUGGAGAACCAUGAAUCAGUUAUGAAUUUUGAGAAUAUCAAGGGGGUGGCUCGCAACAUGUAUUUUGUUGACCACGCUCAGAGUGAGGAUUUUUUGGAGGAGGGAAGGAGCAGGUCAAAUGAACACGAAGCCAAAUUCCUUGCUGCCCUUUGUCGCUAUUUUAUUCUUCAAGGCUACGAAAGAGAGAAGAUCACAGUCCUUACAGCCUACACUGGGCAGCUAAUACAGCUCAAAAAAGAAAUGCCCAAAGAUUUUUUCCGUGGAGUUCGAGUCUGCGCAGUGGAUAACUUCCAAGGAGAAGAAAACGACAUCAUUCUUCUAUCUCUCGUUCGAAGCAACGAAGAAGGUAAAAUCGGUUUCCUGCAGACAGAAAAUAGAGUUUGUGUGGCGCUCUCACGGGCAAAGAAAGGGUUUUUCUGCAUUGGUAACAUCAGUCUUUUAGAAACAAAGAGUCAAUUAUGGAAAGACAUAAUUAACGACAUGCGUCAGCGCGACAAUGUGGGAGAUGCUUUGCUACUUACGUGCCAGAACCAUCCCCAAAACGUGAUACAAGCAUCACGCGCUGAGGACUUCAAGAAAGCACCAGAGGGAGGCUGCACUGUUCCAUGCUCUGCAAGACUCGAGUGUGGUCACGUGUGCGAGAUGGUCUGUCAUCCAACAGACCCAGAGCACAAAGAAUACCAGUGUAAAAAGCCAUGUGCUAAGACUAUCUGUCGUCGGGAUCACAAGUGUCGCAGGAGAUGCUAUCAAGAUUGCGGGCCUUGCAUGGAGCUUGUGAUGAAACGUCUACCAUGCGGUCACGCCCAGAAGGUACCUUGCUCCAAAAGUCGUUCUGAGGCUCAGUGCCAGUCACCUUGUUCCAAGUUUCUGCCCUGUGGCCAUAAAUGCGCCAAUAAGUGCUGUGAAGAGUGUACUGAGAAGUGCACCGUCAUUACUAAGAAAAAAUGGGCGUGUGGACAUGAAAACAGAGUCGAGUGCCAUGUGAAUCCACGGUACAGUCCAUGUAAGGCACCUUGUGGUGUGACUUUAAACUGCGAACACCCUUGUGGUGGUAAUUGCAGUGAUUGUUUACGCGGUCGAGUUCACCAACCUUGUAAGACAUUGUGUGGCCGCACACUGUUUUGCGGACAUAACUGCUCUGAACCCUGCACCAAGAACUGUCCGCCAUGCAAGGAAAAGUGUGGUAACGGCUGCAAACACAGCAAAUGCAAGAAGAAAUGUGGCGACCCCUGCGAACCAUGUAACGAGAUUUGCGUUUGGCAGUGCCGUCAUUACAGGUGCACGAAAUUAUGCGGCGAGUUGUGUGAUCGCCCUCGAUGCAAUAAGCCAUGUCCAGAGCUCCUUCGAUGCCGUCAUCCUUGCAUUGGUCUCUGUGGGGAACCAUGUCCAAAGAAGUGCCGAGAGUGUCAUAAGGACGAAGUCACAGAAAUCUUUUUCGGUACCGAAGACGAACCAGACGCUCGAUUUGUUGAACUGGCGGACUGUGGUCACGUGUUCGAAGUGAAAAUGAUGGAUCAAUGGAUGGAUCAAGCCGACGUCGCGCAGGAUGGGAAGCCUGUUGACGUUCAACUUAAGCUGUGCCCAAAGUGCAGGGUUCCGAUUCGUACCAGUUUGAGGUAUGGCAACAUUGUCAAGAAGAUACUCGCGGACUUCGAAAAAAUAAAACAGAAAAUUUUACUCAGUAAACGGCAGCGGGAACUUAAAGUAUCGAUUCCUAGAGCAAAUGUGCAGAAGAUUCAUCAGUUCCCUGAAGACCGGGACAAAAUUGCAAAAUACCUCGCCUUUAAGACUCUGACGGAUGAACAAGUGAAUGUGUUUGAGAAUCAGAUCAACUUGUUGAUAUUCCUUCAAACUCUUAAAGAUAACAUCGAAAAAGGACUAGAGGCGGAAGAGGGGAGAGCGAACAGACAUUUAUCGAGCUAUCCCUUGUCAAAAACGAAGGAAGAAUUAGACGGUGUCAUCGAUAAGCUCCGAAACCGCGUGAUGAAGACUCGGGUUCGCUUUAGCGACCAGGAACUGGAAGAGCUCAACGAAGAAAUGUACAGGACACAGCUUCUUAUCGACUUCAAAAUGCUUAAAAUGCAGCUUAACAACCGGGGCAAAACAUUAGGACCAACCGACACCACAGAACUAAGUUAUAUCGAAAGAGCAUUGGAUUCUGAAAAGAAAAUUGAACAAAGGUAUCGAGAGGUAUAUAUGUCUCGAAUCAAACGGAUCAGACGCAGCCAAAAUCUCGAUGUUUACUACCAGACGGUUACAAGAGAAGAAAAAGAUCUGAUUGUGAAGGCCAUGGGAAUGGCACAGGGACACUGGUUCAAGUGUCCAAAUGGUCACAUUUACUGCAUUACAGAAUGUGGUGGAGCAAUGGAAGAGGGCAAGUGUCCAGAAUGCGGCUCGAGAAUCGGAGGCCAUAAUCAUGAGCUGCGAUCUGAUAAUCAGUUAGCUAGGGACAUGGAUGGGGCACGAUAUGCAGCCUUCUCUAACAUGGCUAACAUUCAAAACUUUGAUCCUCACGACUUUAUGUAGAUUAGAACUUUUAAGUGUUAUUUUUGCGGAUUAAUUUAACCCUUCUUUUAAAGGUUAUUUUCCUUUGUUAUUGACGGAUAUUUAAGUGAGGGAUAGUGAAAUUUGCUAAACUACGGGUGAAAUUGAUCCAUUAAUCCCAACAUAGCGUUUGAAAAAGGAAAUGAUCUAAUGCGCCAAAUGGUUACAACUCAAAUUUGUGGGAAUCUUGCAGUCAGGUACCAAUGAAGAUGGAUAGAGCCUUUACCUUCGACCCUCAUAUAGUCAGGCAGUAAAUCGAAAAGUUUGUUGUUCUAGGUUUUCAUCAGUUUCUAGGAAGAAUUUAUUAUUGUUCAUAAGGAAUAAGUCACCAUGAGUUUUAGACGAAAAGAAAAACAAAGAAUUAAUUGAAAUAGCUUCUGCCCAAGUGAAAGCUCCCUAAUGUCGGAUUUCCAAUUUGGUUUAUUGCCUGAGACACAUUGUAUCAAAUAUUGCGUUAACAAGUCCGGGCUUUGAUUGCUCUCAAUUAAAGGGAUUUGAUUUCACAUAGGCCGAGGGCGGUACUCAAGACACAGGGCACAAUUUUUCCCAAUACGGACUGACCUAGGCUGGUAAAUAACAUUUUUAUUUUUUUCAGUAAACUUUACGAAAUUCUUUCCAAAAGAACCCGAAUGAUGUAGGGCUGUAAUUGCGGCAAGAUCUUCCAUAAACUUAACAAUUUUUGACCGAGUAAAUGGUACUUAAAAUAGAGGUUAUGCAAAUUGAAGAGAGAAGCUUCACCAAAACAUUUUCAUUUGCGUAAUAAUAAAGGUGAUUUAAAAGGCUUCCAAACAAA